AGUUUAGAUGUGGAUGUGGAGUCUCAGCCCCAGUCCAGCCCCCUAGCUGGAAGUGAAACUCACUGUUACUCCUCUCUCCUCCGGACCUCACUCCCAGCCAUGGCCGCUCAGUGUGACUCUCUGAGCGGCUACCUGCUGCCAGCUCAGCCGCUACAAGAGCCCGGAGCCCCGGACCCCGGCUCCAACAGUGAGAGGAGCACCGAUUCCCCGCUCGCCGCCUCCGAGGACGACGGCCAGACUCUCCCGCACUGCACUGACCCCGACUGGAUCGAAGAGAGAUUCCGGGUGGACCGCAAGAAGCUAGAGGCGAUGUUACAAGCUGCUGCUGAAGGAAAAGGCAAAAGUGGGGAAGACUUCUUCCAGAAGAUUAUGGAAGAAACAAACACACAAAUAGCAUGGCCGUCCAAACUGAAGAUUGGAGCAAAGUCAAAGAAAGAUCCCCACAUUAAAGUUGGCGGAAAGAAAGAAAAUGUGAAGGAAGCGAAAGAAAAGAUCAUGUCCGUCCUAGACACAAAAAGUAAUCGGGUGACUUUGAAGAUGGACGUGUCACAUACAGAACACUCCCAUGUAAUUGGCAAAGGAGGAAACAACAUCAAAAAAGUAAUGGAGGAGACGGGCUGUCACAUUCACUUCCCCGACUCCAACAGGAACAACCAGACAGAGAAAAGCAAUCAGGUCUCCAUAGCAGGACAGCCAUAUGGUGUAGAAGCAGCCCGAGGUCGUAUUAGAGAGCUGCUCCCCCUGGUGAUGAUGUUCGAUUUGCCCAUCGCUGGCAUUUUACAGCCAAUUCCAGACCCCAACUCGCCCACGAUCCAGCACCUAUCCCAAACCUAUAACAUCUCCAUUUCCUUCAAACAGCGGUCACGAAUGUAUGGUGCCACAGUCAUUAUCCGAGGGUCUCAGAACAAUGCUGCAGCAGUCAAGGAAGGGACUGCCAUGCUCCUGGAACAUCUGGCUGGCAGUCUGGGCAGUGCCAUCCCUGUCAGCACCCAACUAGACAUUGCACCUCAACACCAUCUCUUCAUGAUGGGUCGCAACGGCAAUAACAUUAAACACAUAAUGCAGCGAGCUGGAGCCCAGAUCCAUUUUCCUGACCCCAGCAAUCCCCAGAAGAAGUCCACAGUCUACCUCCAGGGCACCAUCGAGUCUGUCUGUCUAGCUAGACAAUACCUCAUGGGUUGUCUCCCUCUUGUGUUGAUGUUUGAUAUGAAGGAAGAUAUUGAAGUCGAGCCACAGCGGAUUACUCAGUUAAUGGAGCAGUUGGAUGUCUUCAUUAGCAUCAAGCCAAAGCCUAAACAGCCCAGUAAGUCAGUGAUUGUGAAAAGUGUGGAAAGAAAUGCUGCGAAUAUGUAUGAAGCAAGAAAAUGUCUACUGGGUUUGGAAAACAGUGGUGUUGCUCUGACAACAAAUGCACCAUCAGCAGUUACCUGUCCAAUAGGCCUCUCCUGUCAUGGACUCGAUAUCCUGGCUUCAGCUGGACUCGGCCUCGCUGGAUUAGGGAUCUCCACAGUAUCUCCCCUCAUGAUUCCACCAACAACACAAGCAGCCUUGACAAGUAUCUUGCUGUCAGGCCUGCAUGGGUAUGGGCAGACCACACCAUCGCCACCUCCUGGUCUAGCACCCAUGGAUAUUCAGAUCAGCACCUUAUCCCCGGAGAGUGAUAAGACCGCAACUUCCUGCAUCAAUGGCCAUGUUAAGCCUCCAAGUACCAUUUAUACUAGAAUUUCAACUCCCUGUCUAGCAGAUAAAGUGUUGAGCAGUAACCACUCUGAGGAGAAUGCAAUCAGCCCCCAAGAGCAGUUGACCAGCAAGUCCAAUCAAGGGGAAGGUUCCAAUGAUGCCUUUGUGGAAGUGGGCAUGCCCAGAAGCCCUUCGCACUCAGCCAACAGCAGUGAGCUAAAGCAGAUGCUCAGUAGUCCCUCCACGCCCGCGGCGAAACGACAGACCUUGGAGUUGCUGCAGGGCACUAAGAACACUCAUCGGCAUACUUCAGACAGACUGCUCUCAGAUUCUGACUCCAGUGCCACUGAGGGCAGCACCACUGACAAGAGGGCCCCUGGCAGUGAGCGGGCAGCAGAACGAGCUGCUGCCGCCCAACAGAAUUCGGAGCGACUGCGACUUGCACCACAGUCAGCGUAUGCAAAUAUCCAGGUAGCAGCACUGAUGGCUUUUGACUAUGAACAGAAGAAGCUGUUGGCAACCAAAGCCAUGCUGAAGAAGCCAGUGGUGACUGAAGUGAGGACCCCAACAAAUACAUGGAGCGGCCUUGGGUUCUCCAAAUCAAUGCCUGCGGAAACGAUCAAGGAGCUGAGACGUACCAAUCAUGUGUCCUACAAACCAACGAUGUCAACUACUUACGAGUCAUCAUCACCCGUGUCGCUAUCACGGUCAAACAGCCGGGAGUGUAUCGGGGGAAGCAGUGAUUCUGAUAACUGGAGGGACCGGAAUGGUUCACAUAGCGAAUUCUCAACUUCCAUCAACAGCUCUAAGCAGAAAAAUAACCCAUCUGAGCACUAUUUAACCAGCAGUAAUUACAUGGACUGCAUUUCCUCUCUGAUGGGCAGCAAUGGCUGCAGCCUGAAUAACUCCUUCAAAGGCUCUGAAUUGCCCGAACUCUUCAGCAAACUCGGUUUAGGCAAAUACACGGACAUCUUCCAGCAGCAAGAGAUUGACCUUCAGACUUUUCUCACUCUGACUGACCAGGACUUGAAAGAGCUUGGAAUUACCACAUUUGGUGCCAGAAGGAAAAUGCUGCUUGCAAUUUCAGAAUUGAACAAAAACUGUCGAAAGCCCUUUCAGCCUCCAAACAUCCGCUCAACAUUUCUAGAAGGUGGAGCGAGUGGCAGAUUACCACGGCAAUAUCACUCCGACAUAGCCAGCAUUAGUGGUCGGUGGUAGCCGUGAACUGGAACUUGCCUGCCCUUAGCUGGCACAAAGAAACAACUGACUCAAGCUGGCACAGACUGCCGUGCGAUGUUAACCCUGUGGAAAGCAUUUACUGCACAGAGCCUUUGGUGUUUUUGGAGUUUGGAUUACAAGGACCAAAGACGCCUUCAUGUUGUGCAAAUAAUUGUGCCAAAAUUGAAGAAAAAAAACUGGCCAACAUUAUGUAUUCCAUGGUUGCCUUUUGCUGUUUCACCAAAUAUGGUACUAAUCUAUAUGCAGACCAGAGAACAACAAGACCGUUAACACUAGCUUUCUUGCUUAAUAUUAUUUAUUAGAACACAAAAACUUAAAUAAUGCACUGAAAUGUUAGGUUCUAUGGUAGAAUAAACUCGAACCGCUAACCCAAGUGCAUUAUGUGUAUAGUUUGUAAUGAGAGAGUAAGAUGUGUUGUACUGCUGAGUAGAGAGACUUAAAUGUAAUUGCCUCUGCACUUUACAUGUCCUGGUUUUCUAGACCUGUGGAAAUGAGUUUUUUUUUCUCUGGUCUUCAUAUAUAACAAAUCUAUCAUUAGCAGCACUGAGGAAAUGGAGCAGGCGUCUCAUGCGAGUUGAAUGAAGCUAGCAUCCUUCUGGAGACUUUGGGACUGCAGUCACAGGACAGCCUCGUUCCCCCACGGAAACAGUGUCUAUACACAGUGAUGAAAUCCAAUUGCAUUUUACUGCCAUCUUAAACAAGUUUACAGUAUUCAAUAUGCUGGUUCUCUACUCUACAAUGCUUGUAAAAAUAUAACUUUUUACAUGUUUGUUGCACUCAGUUCUUUCAUAGAAUUAAUGCCACAGGAACAGGCCAUAAGGCCCAGCUGGUCUUCGCCAGUGUUGAUGCUCCACACCAGCAUCCUCCCAUCCCUCUUCUCCUAACCAUAUUGGCAUAAGCUCUCCUUUCUUUCUUCCUUGCGUGCUUACCUAGCUCUCCCAUAAAAUGCAUCUGUGCUGAUACACCUCAACUACUCCCUAUUGCAGUGAGUUUCACAUAUUGUUGAUGAAAGUGCAGUCCAUUUCAACUUUCCUUCUCUCUCCCCCCUUCCUCUCCUCCUCGUGACCUCAACAGAAGACAAGGCUUUCUCAAUUUUACAACCACUUGGAAAGAGAAGAUGCUGAACUCCCGCACUGGAGAGAGAGAGAGAACCCUUUCAAUGAGCUCUCAAACUCGUUGUCUUCAGAGUUUGAAAAUUGAUUUCCUCAUUGCUGGCUCCUUUUCUACCACUUUUUAUGUAAAGAAGUUUUGCCUGAGUUUCCUGCUGGAUUCCUUUGAUUUAUUAUUUAUUCACAAGUCAUAACAUUCCCAAUGACUGGACCCACAGCAAUGUCUGAGCUGGAACAAUUUCAAUGGCAUAAUGUUUUCCGAGGGCAUCAUACAAUUGUGCAAGUGUGUAAGCACCAGUUGCUAUUCUGUCGAGCCUCUACAUUGGGAACGUAAAACCCAGAAGUGAAUGUCUGCUUUUCAGAAGCUUUCCUGUGCUAAUUGAGCUAGAGCUGAAAUGGCCGUGUGACCAGUUGAAAUUGGCAAACCGUCUAUCUUCAUUUAGUUGCAAAGUUUAUUUAAAAAAAACAAAAGGUAAUAAUGUCGGUUUGUGGGUCUACUUGGCACUGGAUGAGGUCUGAAGCUGAAACAGAUGGCUCUGAAUAGCCUGCAUGUUUAUCUGGAAACUUCUGUUGCAGUUCAGUUUUGAAUGCCAUUCUUAUUACCACUUGCAAGUGUUUUUAUUUGCUGUUGGAUCAUAUGAACAGAAGUAGAUAGGAAAAGUCUCUGGUUUAUCUGGUUUAUUUAGCCUGUCUCAAACUUAAGUGUAUAGCCUUGUUUAUCACAACAUAUUCACCCCAGAUAAAGAAACAAGCCCACUGGGGAAGAAGAAUCUGGAAAAUUCAUCUCCAAUCCCCUUCAGUGCAGUAAGUUAGUCCAGGAGACCACUUUGCCCCUGAUCAAUGUUUUAACGUACCUACCUUUUGUAUAUGAUGACCCUUGCCCCAUUCAGAAAAAGUCCAGCCCUUGCUUGAAGGAACCAGCAAAUCACUGCACAGCCUGGCAGCCAGUUCCCAUAAGCCCACUAGUCUCUGGAUGACCCCCACACAUCUUGUCCUCCAUCCUGGAGGACUGGACAAUCUCAGCUGCCCAUUUAACGCAGGACUGCCACCGAUGAUGUUUUUGAUGAACUGGUAAGAAGUGAUGUUGACAAAAGUGUAGUCCAUUUCAGUUUUCCUUGUCUUUCCCCACUUCCUAUCCUCCUCAUGACUUCAACUGAAGACAGCGCUUCGUCAAUUUUACAAACGCUGGAAGAAAAGGUGCCAAACUCCCACAUUGGAGACAGAGAGAAGCCUUUCAAUCAGUUUUCAAACUUAUUGUCUUUGGAGUUUGAAAAUCAAUUUCCUCAUUGUUCUCUCCUUUUCUAAGACCAUCUCCAGUGUUCCUCACUUCAGUAACUCCUAUAACCCUGGAAAGACCAUAGACAAUGCAAGCUUUCUGUGUUACUAUUUUUCUUUGCUCUCUUUCUGUCAUUGAAAGCUUAGCUCCUAAUUUUUUAUUUGCACUGACUCUUGUCUCCACAUGCAGUUCUCCCAAUACAGUUAACAAGCCCAAAGCAGUUUGAAGAAUUAAGUGUUCACAAUGUUUAUGCUGGAUCUAUGAAGGUUUUUAGCUGAAAUGAAGAAAAUCUCCAAGUGCCUACCCAUUCUGCUAUCUGAUUACAUUGAUGUUCAAGUCUAGAUUGUCCUGUUCUGCUGGAGCAGGGCAAGCUAUGGAGUCACUGAUCAGUACUUAUGCAUAAGGACUUUAAAGACUCAAACCGCCAUAUGGAGUGUUUUGUGUAGCCAGCUUUAGGUUAACACCAUUUUUGCUGCAUGAGUGAAGUUAAUGAUAAAGAAAUAUGUGAAUAGUUUAAUAUUGUUUUCUAUUCUCAAUGGCAAUUGUGCAUGUGGUCUGUGUAGAUAAUUGUUGGAUUAAUCGAAAACAAAUUUGCACACUCAAAGGGAAGAGGUUAAGUUUGGUCACUUUUAUAUAUAAAAUGUAGUUUUAUGAUUUAUUUUUUCUCAAUUAUUAGCCACUAAGAGGAAAUCCAUGUUUGUGAAUCCCUCUAAAAGUCUUAAAAGUUAGCGAUAUAUGUGUGUGUACACCAAAGUGAGGGCUGUUCAGUUUACGAAAACUAAACUGAAAGAAUAUUCUAUAUGAAACACUGGAAGAGUACUCGCUUGUCUCAAGUGUGAGGAGGUGCCAUGCUAACCUUGUGUAGACUAACAGCAAGGUCCAAUGACUAUCUAAUGGACAAAGCUGUUUGAUUGUCAGCUUAAGUGGAAGGUUAAGAAUAACUCAGUGCCUUGACUGAUGAUUUAUCUGUAAAUAUAGCACAGAUGUUUAUUUUCAGUGUGUGUGUGUGGAGGGUGGUUUUGAUGACCUUUUUAUGAUUUUUGAUUAAAAUGAUAUUGUUUAUGAAUAAGCUUUAACAAAGGGAAUUUUCAACACAAUUUUAUGUUGUAUUAAAAGAUAAUUUUAUAUAUCUU